AUGGAAGAAGCUGCUGCAUAUCAUAUGCCAUACAGGCUAAGGAGAUUAUUUGCAACUUUAUUGGUUUAUUUCCCACCGAUAAAUCCUCCAGCUUUAUGGAACAAAUUUGAACAGGCAAUGUCUGAAGACUACAAUAGGACAUCUACUUUACCUCCUGAACAGAUUCGACUUGAGGUACUACACCAAAUCAGCAACUUUUUGGAUUCAAUGGGAAAAGACAUAAACAGCUUUUCCUUAGUCUCUACAACAUUGAGAUUCCGAGAUAGAUACACAAAUACAAGAGACACCUUAAGUGAACUCAAUAUUCAGGUAUCGGAAGCAGAUUUAUUAGCCAUUGCACAGCUCAAUGCAGAACAAAAAACUGCUUUUCACCACAUAAUGGAUGCUAUCUUUGUCAAACAAAAGGGAUGCUUUUUUAUUGAUGGCCCUGGAGGCACAGGAAAAACAUUUCUAUACAAAGCUUUGCUAGCUGAAAUAAGAUCAAAGGGUUAUAUAGCUCUUGCAACUGCAUCAUGUGGAGUUGCAACAUCUAUUUUACCCGGAGGACGAACAGCUCACUCGUGCUUCAAAAUCCCUAUAGAUAUGAAUCCAGCUAACAUGUGUAAAGUUAGCAAACAAAGUGCUUCAGCAAAUUUAAUUCGUCAGGCAAAAUUAAUUCUUUGGGAUGAAGCACCAAUGACUCAUCGACAUGGAAUCGAAGGAGUUGAUAAACUUCUAAGAGAUCUCAUGGACUCCACAGAAUUAUUUGGAGGAAAAGUUAUUGUAUUCGGCGGCGAUUUCAGACAGGUCUUACCCGUAGUCACAAAAGGAAUCAUAACAGAUUUUAUUGAAGCAAGUAUCAUUAGUUCCUAUAUCUGGCCACAACUCACGAAGCUUCAUCUCAACCAAAAUAUGAGAGCUAUAGCUAAUCCACAGUUUACUGCUUAUCUCCUUCGAAUUGGAAAUGCAACGGAGCCACUGAUCGAUGAUACCAACAUUCGCGUCCCAGACCACCUUCUCAUACCCUAUACUAAUGAAGAUGAGUCCAUCAAUAUACUCAUAAAUUCUGUUUUUUCAGAUCUUACAGCUUUUACUGAUGAAAACUUUUCUUUGAUAAAUCGAGCAAUACUUACAACUAAAAAUGAAUUUGUUGAUGAACUAAAACAUCCUUAUACAGAACUUUCCUGGACAAGCACAUGA